CCAGCCCAUAGCUAACUGUUCUGGCUCAGCCCCUGGGGAUCCAGGAUGGGGGCCUUGGCCAGGGCCCUGCUGUCCAUACUGCUGGGGUUUCUGCUUGCAUCCACCCCAGGGGCUCUGGGUGCCAACCCCGGCCUGGUCGCCAGGAUCACUGACAAGGGCCUGGAAUAUGCUGCCAAGGAGGGGCUUCUGGCUCUGCAGAGCGAACUGAGCAGAAUCACGCUGCCCGACUUCACCGGGGACUUCAAGAUCAACCGCGUGGGCCGCGGGCAAUACUCUUUCCACAGCCUGGACAUCCAUGACUGCAAGUUGCUUGGCUCCACUCUGAAGCCCCUCCCUGGCCAGGGGCUGAGCCUCACUGUCUCCGACUCCUCCAUCCAGGUUCAGGGCCGGUGGAAGGUGCACAAGUCAUUCCUGAAGCUACAGGGCUCCUUCGACCUGCAUGUCAAGGGCAUCAGCAUUUCAGUCAACCUCCUGCUGGGCCGCGAGCCCACAGGGAGGCCCACAGUCACUGCCUCUGGCUGCAGCAGUCACAUCUGUGACAUAGACGUGGACAUAUCGGGAGCUCUGGGGUGGUUGCUGAAUCUCUUCCACAACCAGAUCGAGUCUGCGUUCCGAAGGGUGCUGGAGAGCAAGAUUUGUGAAAUGGUGGAGCAAUCAGUAACCUCUGACCUGCAGCCUUAUCUCCAAACUCUGCCAGUCACAGCAAAGAUUGACGAAUACAUCGGCAUCGACUACAGUUUAAUGGAGCCCCCUCGGGCAACAGCCCAGAUGCUGGACAUGAUGUUUAAGGGUGAAAUUUUUAAUCUUACCCACCGCUCCCCCGCUGCCUUCCGUGCUCCAGCCAUGAACCUUCCUGAGGAACACGACAAAAUGGUCUACUUUGCCGUCUCAGAAUAUGUUUUCAACACAGCCAGUCUGGUUUAUCACGAGGCAGGAUUCCUGAGCUUCUCAAUCACAGAUGACAUGAUUCCGUCUGACUCCAACAUCCGGCUGACCACCAAGUCCUUCCGAGCCUUUGUCCCCAAGUUAGCCAGGCUUUACCCCAACAUGAACUUGGAACUUCAGGGAGCAGUGGUCCUUGCCCCACUCCUGAAUUUCAGCUCUGGGAAUCUGUCCUUGGCGCCCCACAUGGAGAUAGAGGCCUUCGUGCUCCUGCCCAACUCCGACAAGAAGCCUGUCUUCCAGCUCAGCGUGGCCACUAAUGUGUCCGCCAUGGUGACCUUCCAUACCGGCAAGAUCACUGGGUUCCUGAAGCCAGAAAAGGUACAAGUGGAACUGAAAGAAUCCAAAGUUGGAGGGUUUAACGUGGAGCUGUUGGAGGCAUUCCUCAACUACUACAUUCUCAACACGCUCUACCCCAACGUCAACGAUAAGUUGGCGGAAGGCUUCCCUCUCCCUGUGCUGAAGCAUAUUCAGCUCUACGACCUUGUUCUCCAGAUCUAUAAGGACUUCCUGUUCUUGGGUGCCAACGUCCAGUACAUGAGAGUCUGAGGACGAGAAGAAAAGUGGGGCUUGGAGGCCGCAGCUGGAUCUGGCGGUUGUAUUUCCAGAUGUGCAACACAUCUCUGGAGCUGCUCGGAGGAUGCCGACAUUUCUGUUCCCAGCUCUGGGGAAGAUCUGCCCAGCCUCUGCCCCCACACUCCUCCUCUUCACCAAGUACACCCAGGCCCCCUCCAACUCUGGGCUUGACUUUCUCCUCCAGGAGGAAACAUCCUCCCCACUGGCCUGUGCCUUCAUUAGGAGCAGGCGCUGUGGUCACCCUCUGAUCCCCAGGCCUACGGGGGUGCCGGCAUUAGUAGGUCCUUAAUAAAUAUUUAUUGAAUGAUUCAAUGCAGGAA